UACCUAAUGGAUCAUCGAAUUUCUUUUAGAUAAAAGAUGAAUGCAAAUAAAUUUGCUAAAAAAAAAUGCUUAUGCUAAUUUUGUUAUUUAUAAAUUAGAAACGAAAAGAAAAAAUGAAAUCUUCGAUUCAAAAACAAUUGUCAGUAGAAUCAUCAUUAAAUCGUAAGACUUUCGCAAACAGAUUUUCAAAAUUUGGUCCAGAGGAAUGUAAGUUGUAAAAAAAUCUAUUUAUCGAUAAGUCUGCGAAUUAAUUUAAAUUAAAAAAACUAUUUUAAAUACUCUUAAGGACUCGUUUAUAAUUUAUUUGAAGUAUUUCUUCAAUUUAAAAAUUAAAAAUGUCUUCUCUUAGCGAUAUUGAUUAAACAAAUUCCCAAAGUGCAUUUCAUAGAGUCAAAAUUAUUCCUUUUAAAUAAUUUUUCAUUAGAUUUCAAACUAAUUUAAAACCAAAAUUUAUUCCAAUCUCAGAAAACAUUCUAACUUAUUGCAAAAAAAAUGUCACUGGAACCGACUUUAUUGGAAAAGAGAUUAAUCGAAGCAUUUGAUGUUUUCGACAAUGCCAGAAGUCAUGAAGUUGAUGUCAGAGAUUUGGGAACCAUUAUAAGAUCAUUAGGCUGUGUGAUAACCGAAGCAGAACUACAGGAAAUACAAGUCGAAGUUGAAGAUGUGGAAAAUAAUUGUGUACCACAAGGACGAUUUGUUGAGUACAUGUGCAAAUCAAUCAGCGAGCGAAAAUUUAGACCAGCAGAUCCGGAGGACUUGUUGAAGGCUUUUAAAUUAUUAGACGUGGAUAAUCGUGGUCAUAUUAUGCGAAAAGAUUUAGAAAAAGCUUUAAUGGAAGUUGGUGAACCAUUUUCAAAAGAAGAAAUUAAUGAAAUGAUGGCCAUUGCUUGUGAACCAGAAACUGGUCGAAUUAAUUAUGAACACUACAUAAAUUUAUUGAUAGUAAGUUAUUUUACUUUCAAUUUUCACAAAUAUAUAGAGAGCACAAUUUUUCUUUCAAUUUAGAAUAAAAUUCCCGAUGAAUUGAAUGUCUAUUCGAUUUAUGAGAGAGAACAAGAAUUAAUUGCAUCCGCUUCGAAAAAAAGAGCACUUGGCAGCAUGUUAUUCAAAAAAUAAUUGCACGAUUCCGGAUUUAAAAUACGAAAAAAACCUUUUCCUUAGUUAGAAUAUAUGUAAAAAAAAAAUUGUGAGUAAAAAUCAGAUCUAAACUUUGAAUAUUUUAUA